AUGGAGAACUCCACUCUCCCUGAGGAGUUGCUGGUAGAAAUUCUCUUGAGGUUGCCAGUGAAGUCUGUCGUGCGUCUAAAAUGCGUGUGCAAGUUAUGGCUCUCCCUAAUUUUCGAUCCCCAAUUCGCUAAAUCUCAUUUUGACCUAGCCGCUAAACCCACCCAUCAUGUUCUCACAUCAUUUAACAAUGGAUCCCAAAUCACAUCCCUGUCUUUUGAGGGAUCACUAACUGAUGUCUCUGACAAAUUCCCACCCGCACCCUGUAAACUUGAUGUUCCUCUCCCUUCUUACGGUCCUCAUGCUCUUCGGCCUGUGGUUUGUUGUAGAGGGUUUGUGCUUUUAGCCAAUGAGUACGGUCGUGAUGUCACUGUCUGGAAUCCAACAACUGGUACUCAUAGGAAAUUACCAGUCACCUAUGAUGAUCGGACUCUCGUUGGUUUUGGGUAUGACAAAUCAACAGAUGACUACUUGCUAGUUCUUAUACGACAAUAUUAUUGUAAGCAGUGCGUGCGCAGGCCUAAGAUUAUGAAUUCGCAUGUUCCGCAUCCUCAAAUUCAGGUUUUCUCAUUGAAAGCCAAUGCACCAUCCUUGAUUUCUGGUUUUAAAUUUGAUUUUAAAUACGAACCUCCUAAUACGGAGGGGUUGUUCUUGAAUCAGUCUAUUCACUGGUUGGUUGAAUCUAACGCCACAAACAUUCCGCUAAUUGUUGCCUUUGAUUUGAUAGAUAGAAGUUUAACGGAGAUUCCUCUAUCAAUUGAUUGUGUCGAAUUGUGGCAUUGUAAAGAUCAUUGUUAUCUCAAGGUACUAGGAGGAUGUCUCAGUCUCCACUACUUGGGUUUCCAGUACGAGGGUGGAGAUGGUAUUCGUGAUCAGAUAUGGGUCAUGAAAGAAUAUAAAGUUCCUUCUUCUUGGAUUAAAUGUUUUGUUCUGCAGGGUAACAUUAGUGAUAGGAAGAACCACUCGUGGCCCAUAUGCUUAUCAAGAGAUGGUGCUCUUCUUGCAUCAAGGAGAGAUGGAAGAAUAAUGAAAUUGAAUGACAAUGGAGAAGUGUUAAAGCAACAUAGAGAUGAUGGGCUGAAGAACAAUCACUUUCCACAUCAUCAUAUGUAUAGAGAGAGUUUUCUACCACUCCCUUAA